CUUCAUUGACCGCGAGGAAGUUUCUCCUGACAUUCAGCGAGGCGGCUUUUGAACAGAUUAAUGUGACUUAAAACAAAAUAUAAAUAAAAUAAAACAUAAACUGCGCGAAAAUGUCCGAUUCGGAGCUGCUUCCUGACGACGAGGAGAGGGAAUUUCAAAAGGUUGUGGCUCAAAUCGGAGGAAAGGAGCGGAUUUGUCUGGUCGGUGAUGCCUGCAGCGAAAAGAAGGUGGACGGAGGUGACGUGGGGAUAUUCCAGGAGUUCAUCCGCGAUAUGUUUCACAACAGCAGCACCGCGAUCGGGAAAGGACAGCUCUGUGAAUGCACCGGCGACAAUGUGUGCGAACAGCCAGAUGCCGGUGGACGCAAUGAGAUCCCUUUAACAGCGAGGGGCGAAGGRUCGGCUGCGGAGGGAGACGGAGACGAGAAGAAGCGAUCAGUUCGCAAAACUCAAAAAACGGCGACGAAAAGGGCGAAUAUUUACAGCGCCAAGCGAGCGAUAGACUCCCCCGUCAUCGUAUUCAUAUUCAGACAGUCGUUCGUCAGCAAAGCUUCAAACGAGGUGUGCUUGAAAGAGAUUCUGAAGGACGUAAAGGCACGCACGAGACGUACCUCGGUUCCCCGGCCGCCGGCUCUGAUUGGAUUAAUACGCGCCACGCAGGACAGCGCAGAGGCGCGUCAGUGCGCGCGGGUCCUGGAGAGUCUGCUGCGCUCUGUUUUCCACAAGCAAUCACCAGAAACCAUUUGGGUGGACUGUUUCAUCCCCGASACGGAGGCCAAAAUACUGAGCGUCAAGAAAAACGCCCGCAAAGCUGUUUACGCGUCUCAAACUGCAGAUAAUACUGGGGACAGAGGGAACCGGUCUUUGUGGCUGUUCGGAUGUUGCUUCAGACCUCAGAGAAGAGAAGCCAGAGGCCAGACCAACAACUCCACAAACUGCAGCCAGAAAGGUGAAGCUGGAAAUGAAGAAGAAGGCCUCCCUCUGAAAACUACAGUCUCCACUGCUGAGCCUCGUGAAAAGGUUGGCCACUAAUGAUGGAACAUGUGACUGACUGUGGGCCUACCACUGAGGAAAAACCUGUUUUCUCUAUGAAAACAAAAACAAAGUGAUGUAAUGAUGUUACACAACCUGAUUGCACUGUUUUAUGGUGCAAAAAUUCCUAAUGAGCCAAAAAAAAAAAAAAACACCUUUGUCCUGAAAAUUGCAGACUAAUAACACUAACUUUCCUCAGGUUCUGCAGGCAGACAUUUGAAUAUUACUUUACUACAAAUUUUACUUGUACUGUAUGGGUAGAUGCUAGGUGUAAUUUAAAAUGCCUUAAAUGCUUUACUACUGUACCUGGCCAUGAAGUGUGUUUUUAAAAAACUAGUUUGUUUUAACGGUUUUAUACAUUUACUUUAAUAAUAUCUUUUAGUUUGUUGAAGUAUUUGAGACUAUUAUUUACACGGAUAUGAACACGUUCUGCCUCACAGAAAACUUUAGUUACUACAGAUCCUCGAGUCUGUUUAAGAUUUUCAAGAAAUGUAUUUUUUUAUGUAUUACUGACAUUUAUUAUAAUCUUGAGCCUUAGUUGAGUAUUGCUCAAUGAAGCAUUGUUUCUCACAGAAAUGUACUUGCAAACACUUGUAACUCUUGAAGUAUUUAUUUAGAAUGUUACUCUGUCCAUCCAUUUAAAUAAACCGUUUUAACAUGGA